AUGCCUCCAAGCGGCGGUAUCAAGGUUUACACGUCUCUUCCACCUUCUCCAAUUCUCUCUUCCGACCCACCGCGGGAUUCUAGCCCUGCAGAUGCUCUAUCUACGGGCCGCUUCCCUCCAGCUUCAGAACUGCACCGUCGUUCUCGCUCAGGCUCCAGAGCUUCCCAUAGGAGAGAUGACGAUAGGACCCGAAUGCCGAGAGAGCAGCGCCCGGAGGAACUGUUCAGUAUCUGGGAUUAUCUGCGCGCCGAAUUACUAGCGACUGAUGCAGACCAUCACCAGGAGAUGAAAUGGGAAAGGGUUGAGAACUUCUUGAUGAUACCGCUAGCGGUGGAGAAGACGAUUACGUUCGGUUUCCUUUUGUCCCUAGAUUCUUUCCUCUACGUGUUCACCAUUUUGCCCAUCCGAUCAGUAAUUGCGAUCUUCCGAGCGUUGGGCCCUCCUGUGGUAGCGGUCUAUUCAACGCUUCUUCCAUCUUUCCUUCGACCGAGCAGACCGCAUCCUAAGGUAUUCUGGAAACCUCUUCCGCCCAGUUCCAAGGCGGAUCUACUCAGGAUGGCGCUCGUCGUCUGCACGUUCUUCAUUCUGUAUCAGUGGAGCGACACCAGUCGCAUAUAUCAUUCAAUUCGAGGACAAGAUACCAUCAAGCUCUAUGUCAUCUUCAAUGCUGUCGAAGUCGCCGACAGGCUCCUCUGUGCUCUUGGUCAGGAUCUUAUGGACUGCCUGUUCUCUCGAAGUACACUUGCCCCAACCACUUCUCAGAAGACGCUCCGACGAAUACGAACGACCGGCUAUUUCUUUCUGAGUCUAUUAUAUUCUUGCGCACACGCUAUGAUCCUCAUCUACUAUCUCACAUCGCUCAACGUCGCGAUCAACAGCUACGACAACGCCCUGCUCACGCUAUUGCUCUCGAACCAGUUCGUGGAAAUCAAGGGCAGCGUAUUCAAGAAGUUCGAGAAGGACAACCUAUUCCAGAUCACGUGCGCCGACAUUGUGGAACGUUUCCAGCUGGGGAUCAUGCUCUUUGCAAUUGCGCUACGGAAUAUGAUCGAGAUGCGUGGCUCGGAAUUCUCGGUCCUGCCGCAGGCGUUCGCAACCAAGGCGUCUAACCAAAUGUGGGCAAUCAUCUCUCCGGUGGCUCAAGUCCUUCUGUCUGAAGUUGGCGUCGACUGGUUAAAACAUGCCUUUAUAUGCAAGUUCAACUCCUUCCGCGUCACUGUAUACGACCGUUUCACCGACGUACUGUGCCACGAUCUCAUCUCGCUCCGCCCCUCCCGGAAGCACACAUUCGUAGACCACUCCCCCCUGGUAUCACGUCGCCUGGGAUUAGCAACGAUACCGCUCGCUGUUGUCCUCUUGCGCGUUACUUGGCAGGCGCUGUUGAUCCUCCAUCAGCAAGUGCAGCAACAACGGGAUCCAUAUCUUUGGCUGUGGUGGACACUCUUCGGCUUAACAGUUUGGUUCUCAGCGGUGGCGUGCAAGGUCUUGCUUGGCCUUCGUCUGCUCAGCUAUGCCGCUCGCCGCAGGGACGGGUUUCAGAAACGAGCCAAGCAGGAUACAGUGAACAACGUCGACCGUACCCCGAUCGGGGAGAGCGUCGAGGAACAAGCCUAUAACAAGAAAACGCUUGCGAUGCUCGAGAGAUCCGAAGACGAUCAGCGUGUCGUACCGGACAUGGUUAUCAUACCGGAGGAGCAGAGGUUGUGGGGUUAUAGUGGAGGGGAGAAGGAGAAAGAGAAGAAAAAGAAGAAGACGUAUGAGUUGGAGGAGCUGAGUCGGUGGACUAUGGUCAAGCGGAUAUGGUAA